AUGGGAGGACCCAAUGCUCCACGAGAACCGUACGCCGGGCCCGAGAGUGGCCCUGAAACACCUUUCCCGAUCAAGCUGUAUGGACCGGUAAUCAAGGGCUUUGGACGCGGCAGCAAAGAGCUCGGCAUUCCCACCGCCAACAUCCCGCCGGAAGGACUCGCGUCGUACCCUUCACUCGAGUCCGGCGUGUACUUUGGCUGGGUUGGACUGUCAAUAUCCCCCGACACGCCGUCCAGUUCGACCCAAAUCUACCCGUCCGUAUUGAGCAUCGGAUACAACCCAUUCUACAAGAACACUGUGCGCAGCGUCGAAAUCCACAUCCUGCACGACUUCGACUACGACUUCUACGGCGCCGCGCUGAACCUGCUCAUCCUGGGCUUCAUCCGGCCCGAGUACGACUAUGUCUCGCUCGAGGCCCUUGUCCAAGAUAUCAAGACCGAUUGUGAGGUCGCCCGGCGGAGUCUACAGAGACCGGCGUAUGAAAAAUUCAAGGACGAACCGUGGCUGAAGGACUUUGACUGGAUGAAAACCACUGACACGGCGAAAGUGGAAAAGGAGAUUCUGAGGAAAGAAUGA